AUUAACUGCAAAAAAAGAAGAAGAGAAACAAGAUCCGACCACUUGACUCAUAGUUAUCCAUAAAAGUUCAAUAAAAAAAAAAGUUUCAUAAAAGAUGGGUUUUUGGUCAUUGUUGGAGGUGGCUUCUAUGCCAGUGAUUCAAGUUCUCUUCAUAAGUGUUGUUGGAGCUUUCUUGGCCACUGAUAGAUGCAAGCUCUUCCCUGUCGAAGCUCGCAAUUCCAUGAACAAGGUGGUGUUUGUACUAUUUGCACCGGCUCUCAUGUUUGCAAAUCUGGCUCAGACAGUCACACUUGAGGACAUGAUCUCAUGGUGGUUUAUGCCGGUGAAUAUGGGACUUACAUUCUUAAUCGGAGGAAUUCUUGGUUGGAUUGUUGUCAAGAUUCUGAAACCACCUCCUUAUCUUGAAGGCCUUAUUGUUGCAACUUGUUCUUCAGGAAAUAUGGGAAACCUACCAAUCAUACUUGUCCCAGCAAUCUGCGACGAGGACAAGAGUCCAUUUGGUAACCGAAGUGUAUGCAGAACCGUUGGACUCUCUUACGCGUCUUUCUCCAUGGCGCUAGGGGGUUUCUACAUAUGGACUUACACGUUCCGGCUUAUAAAAGGGUCGGCAAUGAAAUUCAAAGACAUAGAAGAGUCUGAGCAAAAAGCAAUUAGAUCAUCUAAUAGUGACUUAGAGGCUGAUCACAAGAGCCAUCUCCUGGGUGCCCCUGAAGAGACGCUGGUUAAACAAGAGACAGGGUUUUGGAGAAAAGGAGUAGACUUCCUCCAUGAGAUAUUAGAGGAGCUUCGUGCACCACCUUCAGUUGGUGCAAUUAUAGGUUUCAUCUUCGGUGCGGUUACAUGGCUCAGAAACCUUAUCAUAGGUGAUGAUGCUCCUCUAAGAAUAGUCCAAACCACAGCUAAACUCCUUGGAGAUGGAACUAUCCCUUGUAUGACAAUUAUAUUAGGGGGCAACCUCAUUCAAGGUUUACGUUCUUCUGCUGUCAAACCGGUGGUUGUGCUUGGAAUAGUCUGUGUUCGGUACAUACUUCUCCCAAUCAUCGGUAUAGGUAUCGUAAAAUCAGCUGAGAGUUUCGGGUUUCUUCCAGCAGAUCCUCUGUUUCAGUAUGUUUUAAUGCUUCAGUUCACUCUCCCACCUGCCAUGAAUAUCGGUACAAUGACACAGCUGUAUAAUGUUGGACAAGACGAGUGCUCAGUGCUCAUGCUUUGGACAUACUUGGUCGCCAUUCUGGCCCUCACUGUGUGGUCCACAAUCUUCCUUCAUUUGUUGGUCUAGACAAAACUUGGGGGCAUAAGAAAGUGUCCUAUCUAUCUAUCGUCAAGGGAUCCUUACCAUUCUUUUUUUUUGUCUAUCAAAUAAAAGCUUGAUCAUACUUGAUAUAUUCUUCUGGUUGCAUUUCGGCAAGUAUUCUAUUUUCCCCAUUGCGAAAGCAGAAAUUGUAUCAUGUAUUACAUCAGUUUAAUGAAAAAGGUUGUUGUACUU